CCAGGGAGAGGAUUUCAGCUGGGCUGAGCUUAUCUCAUGUGCUGUGGCAGGAGCCUUGUGCAGCAGUGGAGGAAGAGCUGAGUGCACCUGCUGGAGCUGUGAGUUUCCCAAACCUGGUGUCUGUGCCUGCCUGUGGAGCUGCUGCCCUGCUCCUCUGUGUUUCCAGGUGUGUGAUGGAGCUCAUACCUUGCCAAGGCAGGAGUCAGACAGCAGCUGCUUUCAGACAAAGCUGUGUGAUGCCUGCAGAAUAAAAGCAAUAGCGAGUGGUGCACAUCUUGACAGAGUCUCCUGGCAACCUUUCCUGCAUGGCUGGGCGGCUGCCGGGCGGAUCGGUGAGGCUGUGAGGAGGCGGGAGCAGGACGCAGCAUGGGUCAGAAGGUCACGGGCGGGAUCAAGACGGUGGACAUGAGGGACCCCGUGUACAGGCCCCUGAAGCAGGAGCUGCAGGGGCUGGACUACAGCAAGCCCACGCGGCUGGAGCUGCUGCUGGACAUGCCGCCCGCGCCCUACGAGGUGCAGCUGCUGCACUCGUGGAACAACGAGGACCGCUCGCUGAACGUGUUCGUCAAGGAGGACGACCGGCUGCUGUUCCACCGGCACCCGGUGGCGCAGAGCACCGACGCCAUCCGCGGCAAGGUGGGCUACACGCGGGGGCUGCACGUCUGGCAGAUCACCUGGGCCGCGCGCCAGCGGGGCACCCACGCCGUGGUGGGGGUGGCCACCGCCCAGGCGCCCCUGCACUCGGUGGGCUACACCACCCUGGUGGGCAACAACCACGAGUCCUGGGGCUGGGACCUGGGCCGCAACAGGCUCUACCACGACGGCAAGAACCAGCCCAGCAAGACCUACCCCGCCUUCCUGGAGCCCGACGAGACGUUCGUGGUGCCCGACUCGUUCCUGGUGGUGCUGGACAUGGACGACGGCACGCUGAGCUUCGUGGUGGACGGGCAGUACAUGGGCGUCGCCUUCCGGGGGCUCAAGGGCAAGAAGCUGUACCCGGUGGUGAGCGCCGUGUGGGGGCACUGCGAGAUCCGCAUGUGCUACCUGAACGGGCUGGACCCUGAGCCCCUGCCCCUGAUGGACCUGUGCCGGCGCGCUGUCAGGCUGGCCCUGGGCAAGGACAGGCUGGCUGAGAUCCCCACGCUGCCCCUGCCAGCCUCCCUCAAGAGUUACCUGCUCUACCAGUGACCCAGGAGCUGCAGGACCCAGCUGGAACCAUGGAUGGAGCUGCCCUGGGCUCUCCCUCUGCUGCAGCUCCUGGCCCGAGCAUCCUGGCCCUGCUGCAGCUCCAGGGCCCUUCCUGGCCAGUCUCAGGCACUCCUCGUGUCACAGCCCAGUGCUCUGCUCCUUGGGGCUCCUUGGGAGUCCUGCCCCAGCACACUUACAAAAGGAACAUUUACAGAGGCUCUGUGCUUCCCUGCUCCUCCUGGGGAAAGGCUCUGCUACCUCCCCUGGGUUUGAGGGGCUCAGGGAAUGGUUUUUCUGUGCCAGCUAAAGGGGAGAAUGAUGAUAAAAUAAUAAUAAGAAGAAUAGAAGAGUAAAAGUAAGAAUAAAAACCUAAUCUGGGGAAAGAGGAGGCAUUAAGAAUAGAAAUGUUAAGACCAGGUCCUAAGAAUAGAAAGGUUCAGGAUGGCCAGCAGAGUUGGAAGGAGUCUGGAAUACCAUAAAGAAUUAAUUGAUGGGUUUUUCAAAACCAAAAAAAAAAAAGUACAAGGCCAAGCCCUGAAACACCAAAACCAAGAGCCCUUCCAGGACCAGGACAGUUGUUGAUUUGGAGGAGGUGGUUGUGUUGCUGGUGGCUGUGUCUGUGCUGGGGCUCUCUUGUUUCUCCCCAUUGCUGCUCCUGCUCUGCCUCCUCCUGCUGGGUUUGGCUGGGCUGGUUUUGCUCCUUCCUGCCUGAGACCUGCAGCUUGUGCCUGGGGUUCCUGGUGCUGUGGGACAGGGCAGGACCCAGGUGUGCAGCAGGGUGGGAUCUUUGUCACUCAGCUGCAGGUGCUGUCCCCAAGCUCUGCCCUGUCCCUGCUCAGGCUUUAGGAAAACAUUCCUGUUCCUGUAGUGGCACUGCCAGGGAAUUCUCCUUGGAGAAGCUGCUUCAAUCCAUCCACAGCCAGCCAGAGAGCAGCUCCAUCUGCACUGCCCUGCAGCAGGAAUGGUUCCCUGGGCUGGGCUGGAGCUUGGCCAGAGGAGAGGAGAGGAGAGGGCACAGUGUGGCAGCAGCAGGAGCCCAGGAGGGGGUUCCUGCAGGGUGGGACUGGGGGGAUUAAAGAGGCCAGGGGUGAUCUCAGGCACAGCAAGAGGAAACUGCAGCCUCUCCAGAGCUGGGGAGCAGGAGAGCUGCAAUAACCAGGACAAGCAAUUCAGGCACAAUCAGCACAUCCCAAAUAGAUCCUCAGUAGCCAAGAAAAGAGGAUGACACUCCUUUAUCAGCAGGAGCUGCUCUCUUGACCUCUCCACAGGUUACUAUGCUGCCUUUCUGGGGUUAUUUUGCACAUUUCUUUGUGUUUUUUUCUUGAAAAAUGUUUGUGUGAUUGUUGGGGGGUUUUUUUGUUGUUUUUUUGUUUGUUUGUUUUGGUUUUUUGUUUGUUUUUUUUUUUUUGCUUUUGAGUUAUCCCUUCAGUUUUGUGUAGGUACAAAUGAGUUUAGUUGUUGAAAAUGUUAAUAUAUAUAUUUGUGGUGUAUGUAUAAGAACAUGUUUUAAACAGCUGCUGUAGGGUACCUUUUUGAAAAUAAACUACUUGCAUAGUAUAUUUUUUAAAGCACAGAGUUGGUGCCAAGACUGGGUGGGGUGUGAUGUGCCCCUUUUUUUAUUCUAAUAUUAUAUGAGGUUUUUUUCACCGUAGGGGUUUGUACUAGUUUCUGUUGCAGGGUGGGACACAAAAUUCAGUGUGUGGAGCCCUACUUGGUUGCCUUCAACUUGAACCAGUGUCUUCCAGAACUGCAGGGAAGGAGCUGUGUUCUCCCUACUUCCAGUGCUCUUUGUGCUCCCCCAUUUCCAUCUCUCCUCACUUCACCAGGACAUUACUUUGUACAGUUUAAAAUCCUUUCUAUUUUAUGACUGUAGAUAAUGCUCA